AUGGAAGAUCCCAGUUCAAUUAGAGAGAUUGUAACUGUUUUUGAAAUUUGAAUAGUCCUAAUAAAAGGUUGAAUAAACAAAGAAAAAGAUCCAAGAGUUAUAAGACUAUUUAGCUUAAUAAUUAGUAGAAUAUGAAAAAGAAUAGGAGAAAAAAAAAAUAUAGAAAAUAAGAAAUGAUCUUGCUAAGAAACAUCAUAAAAAUAGAUUUUCAAGUUUUACAAAUUCCUUGCAUCGACCUUAAUUUAUAAAUUAGAUUAAGGAAAGGGAUUUAUUUGAUAACAAUUCUGUUUUUAUUAAUAAAGAUGUUCCCUAAUUAACAAAUCUUUAAAAAUCCUAAUUGAUAACACCAGAUAGAAACUAGAAUCCAUCAUAUAGUAUUAAAUUAAAUAAUAUUAGUAAUACAUUAAUUGGAUAGACCAACAAAUAAAUAAAAGAGUGAAUUUCCACCUUUAAGAAAGAGAUUUUUAAGUUAAAAGGAGAUUAGUCGUAUUGAAUUUUGGGAUAAGAAUUUCAAUCAUUUAUAAGAAAUAGAAUAGAAGGAAGUAUGUAUUUAUUAAUAGAAAAAAUAGAAGAGUAGUCUUUUAAUAGGAAAAAUAAAGAAGUAACUUAUAGAAUAAAGGGAAGUGAAUGUAUUUAAACCUACAGAUUAAUGCUUAAGAUUAUUUGAUAAUAAAGUAUCUUUGAUAUCAGAGAAUCCUAUAACUCCAAGAUAAUUAAGUAGAAUUUUAAGUUUACCAAAAAUUAAAGAAAAAAAAGUUUGGAUGCCUAACAAUAAUUAUUUUUGA